AUGCGACUCCCAGUCGAACUGGAGCCGGAGUACAGCGAAGGAUUCACUUGUGAUAGCUGUGGAGAAGAAGUGAUGAAGGGUCCAUUCUAUCAUCAAGAGCAAAGUGGCACUGACUUUUGUAUUUCCUGUGGAAAUGAAAAGGGGCUAACACCAUUUAAUGGACUCAUUGCUUCUCUUUUUUUCGCUGAGAAUGAGACACUUUUACUGGAUUCAGAAACGCAUAGCGUCGCUCUCUUUGGAUUUAAAAUAGAUUCAAGCACAUACGGCUUCUUUUUCGAUGAUAAAUCGAAUCUUAUCUUUAGAACGGCCUUGGAUGGCUCCUUAUCUGAAGUUUUGUACAUCACAAACAAUAGCGACACUAUUGUGAAGACAAGUUUAGGAAUUCAAGCAUGGAAAUCCCGAUAUUCAUGGGUUGAUUUGGAUAUAACUCACAAUUUACCCAUCGAGACCAUGCUUCAUCCAUCACCGCAAGAGACAACCCCCUUUGGAGACCUGUUUAUCAGUGACUUUUCAGCAACAGAAAACAGUUUUUCACUAACUUUAGGCGAUGGUUGGGAGCAGUCCUUCAACGUGGGUGGAGGAACUGAAAUAGUUCGCAACCAUAAUCACACAGUUAUGUUCAUUGUGAACUUCUCUCCCUCGACAGGCUAA